CUGGUUUUCAAAGUGUGCACAUGUUUACUUUUGGACUUAGUGAAAAAACACAAAUCAUGACAUUCAUUAUUUCGAUGAAAGUGGAAGUGUAAAAACGUAUAAGUGAUGAAAGGAAAUUCCUGGAUUAAAAAGUGAAAAAGGAAUGUUGCGAAGAAAAAGGAGAUUAAACUACUGAGAAGCAUUUGGGAAUCAAAGCGUUUGAAGAAGUCUGGUACGAACACCUAUUGAGCAGUAGCUGAGAAAUGUCGUAAAAUCAUAGAAGUACUGUAAACCUUUUUUAUGACGGAAUUGUAAUAUACGACGUGAAGUGUUAGCACAAUAUAUGAUUUUAAUGGCAACAUAGAGUGAGGAAAAUUGCAACAUUAUGGCUUUACCGAGGAAGUGUGAGUUUCGUGCUGUGUCCUGUUUAUGUUGGAUAUAUUUCACAUUAUUCUGCCUAGCUUUACGUGGAAGCGUCGACGCCGCGGAUUUGACGUACACCGUCGACGAGGAACAGCCACGUGACACGCUCGUUGGUGACAUUUCCGUCGACUAUGACCUCAGAUCCAUUAUGACGUCAGAUGAGUACAACAACUUGCAGUAUCAGAUUUUAAGUACCGGAAAUGAGUUUGCUAAAUAUUUCAAAGUAGAAAAUACCACUGGUAAGCUGUUGACUACCGAACCUAUUGACCGUGAUAGCAUCUGUAUACGUUCAACGUCGUGCAAGUUGUCACUGAACGUCGCCGUUUCAACGAUCGGAGCGUUCUUCAGGAAAAUCGUGGUUGACGUCAACGUGCAAGACUUGAACGAUAACAGCCCAGAUUUUCCAAAGGCGAUCGAGACUGUGGACUUCUCAGAAAAUUCUGCAGUAGGGAUGUCACAGUCUAUCAAAGGGGCUGUUGAUAGAGACGCUGGAAAUAAUUCUGUUGCUAGAUAUUACAUAGAAACGCCAAACGUUCCCUUUGACGUCGAUAUGGAAAGUUACGUUGACGGAAGCUCAUUUGUGAAAAUCAUUGUGAACGGGAACUUAAACCGUGAAAAAACUGACUUUUACAGUAUCACAAUAGUUGCAGAGGAUGGUGGAAGUCCUAAGCGUACUGGAAGCGUUGACGUCAAUAUCAACAUUAUCGACGUCAAUGACAACUCGCCAAAAUUCGACGUCCCCUUUUAUAACGUUACGUUAUUAGAGGAUACUCCAUUGAAUACAGUAUUUUUGACCGUGUCAGCUGUCGAUUCAGAUCUCGGAGACAAUGGUAGAGUAGAAUAUGCCCUCAGCCCAAAUCAGAAUAGUGAUGAUAUUGCUAAAAGUUUUGCCGUCGAACGCACGUCGGGCAACAUCAGCGUCAUUGGCCAACUUGAAUACAUUCCUAACGUGCAGACGUCAAUUUACGUCGACGCGUACGAUCACGGGGCUCAACCACGCAGUUCGAAGAUCGUUGUUCUUGUGAACAUAGUAGAUUCCAGCAAUAACCCGCCCCAAAUCAACGUCAAUAUUCUGCACGGUGACUCUACAAAACGUAUUGCACGUGUAACGGAAUACUCUAACAUCGGAUCUCCCGUCGCACAUAUUGGCGUUAUAGAUACAGAUUAUGAUAAAGACAGAAAUGGGAAAGUGGAUUGUAUAGCUAUCAGUGAUUAUUUUGGACUUGAGAGAUAUGAAGCGAACGACUACAAAGCUGUUGUGAAAACAGCCUUGGAUCGCGAAGCUCAGGACAAGCAUGAAGUACAGAUUGUGUGUCGAGACAAUGGUUCCCCUCCCCUAAACACUACUACCUCCUUCUCCGUAGAAGUCACAGACGAAAAUGACAACUACCCUAGAUUUACGCAUCAAAAUUACUUCGUCAAGACGGAGGAGAAUAACAAAGUUGGAGAAAUCGUCGCGAAGGUUUCAGCAACUGAUUUGGACAAGGUCAAUACCAGUAAUUCCAAAAUCCAGUACAAGCUUUCAGCUCCGAACGAUGAUCGGUUCUGGAUGGACCCUGACACUGGCGAGAUUCGAGCCAAUGUUGUGUUGGAUCGCGAAAAUACAUCCCGGAUUGAUCUCAAAGUGAUCGCCCAAGAUCACGGCAGCCCCCGACUUAGUGCAACUGCAAAUGUGAGUUUAUCAAUCACCGAUCAGAACGAUAACUACCCCGCGUUCUCUCAGCCGAACUAUGAGUUCUUUGUUUAUGAAAAUCUCCCUUACAAUACAUCAGUGGACCAAUUAACGGCUAGUGACAAAGAUGACAGAGAGAAUGGGACAAUAGUAUUUUCCUUUAGUAAACCAGUGCCAUCCAAUUUCCCAUUCACUCUCUACUCUGACGGAAACAUUAAAGUGAUCAGGCCUUUAGACAGAGAGUUACAGAGUAAGCAUGAGUUCACGGUGAUAGCUGCGGAUCAGGGGACGCCCCCUUUGACAAGUUCUGUAACAGUUACCGUAAAUGUGUUAGAUCAAAAUGAUAACGUCCCUGUUUUUGUAUUUCCAAACGACGAUAACUAUACUACCGUAAUUCCGCUUGCGAACAAUCCGGACUCUGUAACAAUUGAGAUUCAGGCGACUGAUCGGGAUUCAGGAGAUAACGGCAAAGUUAAUUACCAAAUAAUUGGUAAAAAUCUAUCAGACAUGUUUGAAAUCAGUAGCAUUAAAGGCAUGGGUGUGAUUUCACUCAACAGAAUGCCGUAUGGCAACGAACCUUUGUCUUACACCUUGGGAUUAAAGGCCGAGGACAACGGCACACCGAGGCAAUCGGCUUACUCAACGUUGACGGUGACGUUCAAACGCGCAAUACCUCCAGAAGACAAUCGUACAAACUUUCUUAUUGCCAUUACUUUAGGCUGUGUGACUGUAGUGUUAUCAAUCAUUAUAGUGUUAAUAAUUUACCUAAUCCGUCGGAAUGACCAUAGCCGACGGAAGAAUGACACAAGCUACGGCGACAAGGCGGAUCUGCAGAUCCGACCGGAAAUAAAGCAUCCGACGGACCUCGCAAGCACGUCGUCGGGUAGCAAGGAAAGCUUGAAGAAGGUCAGUUUCUCUACGGACCAUAAUUCAAGCAUCGAGUCGGAACCGCACAGGGACGUCCUGCAGGCGCCGCUUGUCAGCUUGGACAAUCUAAAGAUUUACGACAAAGGGCGUGUUCCCAGCUCCACAUCCAGUCCUCGGAGCUUUUCGCCCAGCACAUCGGAGACAGACGGACAGAAGCUUGACCCCGCAACAGUCCUGCAAAUCCAUAGGUCACUCCUCCAGUCACAUGACCAAAUGUGGACCAAUCACAGGGAAGGACACACACCACCCUUAACUUCGGACAUUCUCGCGCAACACGAUGAUGACCGAAGUGAGACUUCGGGAGAGACGGAAACUUACGACAGUGGCCGAGGCGGCAGCGAGUCUGAUAUUCAAACGUCGAUGUCACAGUCUCAUGAAAAUGAUCAUAUAAAGACGGUAACGUUUGCUAACAGGCCAAAACUUCAUCAUUUUCCAAAGGACAACCACUGGGGUGAUUCCAGAGACUAUUCGUUCAUGAAUCAUCCGAAUAGUUUUAACAAUCAACCUAACACUCAUAAACCUGUUCUUCCCACAAGAGACUAUGUAUCCUCACCAUUAAGUCAUCCUCCACAUCAUGGACAAAGUUCUCAGCUUCAAAAUAUGCCCAAAUAUGGCAACAAACUUUCUCCAAUCACCGAUACCUCAAGCCAUAUGACGUCAUAUGAUGAAGAUGACGAAACGACUACGUCAGGAAGUUACACGAUCGACAAUGAUCAUGAUUGGAUGAACGACUCCUCCCAGACACGCCCCUACUUCCUGUCUCACAACGAGGCUUACUGUUGACUUCCGCCUGUGAUAGCUCAAUUUCCAUGUGCAAUAUAAAUGUUGGUGCCCAUAGACACCAGGCAACAAACACUCGGACAAACAGGGUACUUGCGGACGGGAGUUCAGAGAUUAUUUAACAUCUCAUACAGCAUUUCCCAAACUUCCGACAUACAUUUCCAUAGACCUUCACUCAUUAUCAGAAUUCAUCCUCCAUAAGCCACAUCCGACACUGUCGACAUUCUACUUCGUUAGGACUUGGCUUCUAACGACUACGUCCACAUAUCAUGGAUUUGGUUGACGUUUUAAGUACUGCUUCUCCGUGUUUCGCCUACAUUCGUUUAGUGAGGACAGUGACUCCACGACAACGUUUAUAAACCAUAAAUUGUGUCAUAUACGCGUGUAUACACUGUGUUGUCUUCCACAAAGUUUUGAAAUCCGUGUUCCGUACAAAAUGCUGUUUUUUUGUGAUUUUAUUGCAACACUCCGUUUGAUCUCGUGUGUAGUUUGUUCACAAUUCGCAUUUUCCAUGUGUAAAGUGCGUGUACAUGUGAAUUUGUUUGAUAUGUCAUAUGCCGUAUAUUCUUGUUUUAUGAACAUUUUUCAAUGUGUUCAUAUACAAAUCCAAAUUGAGUGUGCGAUUAAUUUUAAGUGUUGAAUAAUGAUUUUGUUGCAUAAUGUGAUAUGAGAUAUAAGUGAUGUAUUUAUCAAAGCAUAUAGAGGUGCUAUUUUAUGAAUAAAAUUGUCAAA